AUGGCCAUAGCAAUAGACAUAGCAUUUUAUAUUGUCUUGGUGGCAUUUGGACUCCUGGGAAACACACUAGUCCUUUUGACGGUAUUAAGCAACGCAGUAGAGCACAAAAUGAUGCCAGCUUCCGAUUUGAUACUGACCAACCUGACCGUAAUUCUCCUCCUACUGUCCCUCUUCAGAAAUGUUUUGGUUAUCACCUUCCAGAAUGGUAUAGACAUAUUAUUCUCCACAUUCUGGUGCAAGGUCUUUAUGUUCAUAUGGACUCUCCUGAGGUCUAUGAGUGUCUGGGGAACAUUUUCUGUUAGUGUGCACCACUAUAUUAGCAUCAAGAACCGUUAUUUAAAACUGAGGAAAAAUGCUUUCUGGACCACAGUGAAAGCCCUCACCGCAUUGUGGGUAUUUAACUUCUUGUAUUACAUACCAACUUUGUUGUAUUCUGCCCGAGGGAUGUCCAACGUGACCUUUUCAGUGCAGUUAAUAAGCACCAGUACCAGGCCUGUGCUGGGUUGUGUAUGGGACUUCCCCAGUGUUAAUUCAAACCUUUUGUUCGUCACUGCAUCAUUGGUCAUUCAUGAAGCCAUUCCUGUUAUUCUUAUGCUGAGCACCAACAUAAGUACCCUCUAUACCCUUCAACAGCACUCCAAAGCUGUAGUGGCCCAGAAAACCAUCAAUCGCAUGGCAUCUGAGCGCAAAGCAGCCCUGGUGAUCACCACCUUGGUGGUACUAUUUGUUAUCUGCUGGGGAACCAACAUUGUGGCAACUAACUUCUACAACUUUACCAAAGGAUCAUCAUCUACAUUGUUUCUUCUGACGAUGGCAAACUUUGGAGCUUAUAUCUUCAUGGGCUUCAGCCCUCUUGUCUUGCUGGUUGGACACAGCAAGCUGCGCAGGAAAUUGAUUAGACUACUUUGUAAACAAUGGAAACAUCAAGUUGGUCAGGCAGGAUGCUCACCAAAAUGUAAAAGUAAUGUUACUCUUGUUAUGAGCUAA